GAGCCAAUGUGUUAUGCUAAUGUACUCUCCUCUCCGAAUGCUCCGACUUCGCUAGCUACCCCACGUCACAGGCGAGUUCCAUCUCGAAAAAGUUACCUUGAACACGCCAUAUGACACUCUCGGUCCAAUGCACUUUUACUAGCUCCUCAACUUCUCUCUCACUCACCAUGGCCACCGCUGCUGCGGCCACCGAUCAAAUCCAAUCCCGACUCUCCUCCCUCCCACCACCCUUCUCCACAUCCCCCGAAUCCUUCGAACUCAUCACCCAAGGCGCCGAAGCCCUCGUCUACAAAACCGUCUUCCUCUCACCCUCCCAGCACGUUGCGCUCAAAAUCCGCCCCACGAAAACCUGGCGACAUCCAACUCUCGACAAACGACUCACGAAGCAGAGAAUCACAGCUGAAGCGAGGGUUUUGGUGAAAUGCAGAAAGGAAGGCGUGCCGGUUCCGAGUGUGCUGGGAUUGGAUUGGGAAAAGGGGUGGACGGCUGUGGAGUGGAUCGAGGGCAAGACCGUUAAGCAGGCUAUUCAAGAGAGAGAUUUGAGCAAGGAGAGUGAGUUGGUGGAGUUGUUGGGGAGGAUUGGGAGGGUUGUGGGGAAGUUACAUGCUUGUGGGGUUAUUCAUGGGGAUUUGACGACUAGUAAUAUGAUGAUACGGAGAGGAGGGGAGGAGGAGGCGGCGACGGAGCAGGCUGGAGAGGCAGAGAAGAAGAAUGGGUCGUCAUUGGAUGGUGAGAUUGUGUUGAUUGAUUUUGGGCUUGCGAGUCAGGCUAUGCAGGAGGAAGAGAGGGCUGUGGAUUUGUAUGUUCUGGAAAGAGCGUUUGGGAGUACGCAUCCGAAAGAGGAGGGGUUGUUUGGGAAGGUUUUGGAGGCGUACGAAGGGACGUAUAAGGGGGCGAAGAGUACGUUGAGGAGGCUGGAGGACGUGAGGAUGAGAGGGAGGAAGAAGAGCAUGUUGGGUUGAAUGAACGCGAGGCAAUAUUGCCAGGCACGGGGAGCAUUGGUGGCAGUACGGUGCCGUGAUAGGUCUCGUGCCUGGUCAUCCUUCUCUUCUCGCGAGCAGUCAAGUCAUGCCGUGUGCCGACAGCUGAUGUUGGGCGGACAAUGCUGAUCCGAUUCCAUGCCAGGCAAGAAACAUGGACGAGAAAAGGUUGUUCACUCAGCCAACUCAUAUCCUUUCUCGAGCGACAGGCCAGAUGCACGAAAGCCGCUUACAUGCGGGGCUGGGCUUCUCCAACAACACCUAGCUGCACUUUGUGAUGCUCUCAGAACCUGCACAAGGACACUUUUGCGUUCAUGUGGAGACUGCACGGCAACACGAUGAGACGGUCACACCACA